UGUUCAUUUUUACCAGGCGAUGGAGCAAUGAUAGGAAUGGCCUGAUCAAAUGAGAAAAAUAAAUUGUACCCUCAAACUGUCCAGUAUUCUAGUCUGCAGACGGAAAUGGAGAUACUGUGGAUUGAUAAUAGUAGAGACAGCUUCAGGGGUCUGAUUGUUGCCACUCCAGAGCUUCUCUCAUGUCCUGCAGCCGCAACAACACCCAAACUGAGAGCGAUUAACAGAAAACCUUAUUCUUUCGUUGUCAGUAAUGGUUGGAGUCGAAGUGAUUUCCUGAUGCAAUGUAUGUCGGCGAGUAGGAUGCAAUCUGUGGUGUUUUGCUGCUUUUGGCAAUCCGUAGAAACUUCUAGUGGGUUGGAGAAGAUACCCGAGCGUGCUGAACAUUAUGCAACCACAACAACACAGCCAACAUGAAGCCUCACGAUGAUGCCAGAAUCAUCGACUGGCUUCAUUCCGGAAAUUUCUAGCACCCAGUAGAAAUGCUCCUCUCAGGUAUAUAAUUCCAGAUGAGAUUCCUCUGACAGCUCUCCCUUCUUUCAUCACAACACA